AGAACAAUGAGAAAUUGAGAAUUGUGUCUUGUUUAGUCAACAACUGCUUUGUCACCUUCCUUACCUAUAAAUACCUUCUACUUCACCACUUUCUUCCUAUCACUUUUUACUACUUCCAUUAAAAUGAGACUUUCUGAAUUCACAGCUUUUUCUUUGCUGUUUACUCUCUUAUUACUAACUGCCUCGGCAGAGCAAUGUGGUAGGCAGGCAGGAGGUGCCCGUUGCGCCGCGGGACUCUGUUGCAGCAAUUUCGGUUGGUGUGGUAACACUAAUGACUAUUGUGGUCCUGGCAAGUGUCAAAGCCAGUGUCCUUCUGGUCCUUCUCCCAAACCACCUACCCCUGGCCCCGGUCCUUCUGGUGGAGACAUAGGCGGCGUCAUCUCAAAUUCCAUGUUUGAUCAGAUGCUUAAGCAUCGCAAUGAUAAUGCUUGUCAAGGAAAGAACAAUUUCUAUAGUUACAAUGCCUUUAUUAAUGCUGCCAGGUCUUUCGGUGGCUUUGGCACUACUGGUGAUACCACUGCCCGAAAAAGGGAAAUUGCUGCUUUCUUUGCCCAAACCUCCCAUGAAACUACUGGAGGAUGGCCUUCAGCACCAGAUGGACCAUACGCAUGGGGUUACUGCUUCCUUAGAGAACAAGGUAGCCCGGGCGAUUACUGUACACCAAGUGGUCAAUGGCCUUGUGCUCCUGGAAGGAAAUAUUUCGGACGAGGCCCCAUCCAAAUUUCACACAACUACAACUAUGGGCCAUGUGGAAGAGCCAUCGGAGUGGACCUUUUAAACAAUCCUGAUUUAGUAGCCACAGAUCCAGUCAUCUCAUUCAAAUCAGCUAUCUGGUUCUGGAUGACCCCUCAAUCACCAAAGCCUUCUUGCCACGAUGUCAUCACUGGAAGAUGGCAACCAUCUGGCGCUGACAGAGCAGCCAAUCGCCUCCCUGGAUUUGGUGUCAUCACAAACAUCAUCAAUGGUGGCCUAGAAUGUGGUCGUGGCAGUGACAGCAGGGUCCAGGAUCGAAUUGGGUUCUACAGGAGGUAUUGCGGAAUUCUUGGAGUUAGUCCAGGUGACAAUCUUGAUUGUGGCAACCAAAGGUCUUUUGGAAACGGACUCUUAGUCGAUACUAUGUAAUGACUUCAUCAUCUGUUUGUUGUAUUCUCUUGUUACAAUGCAGGGCCCAGCUAUGAAUAAAUUUACUUAUGUAAUUGUGUUGUAAUC